AUGGCGGACACAUCCAGCGUACCAGCAGCCCCGGCGUCGUCGCACACGGCAGCCACAAGUACGAGCACGCAGGACGGCAGUGAGCUGCCUGCCUUUCGGUAUUUCCGCCCUCCACAAGGAGGAUCAGAGCGCAGUAUAAGAUCUCCCCGACUCGUAUUUCAGCCUAGUACCGCAGACCUGAAGGCUGCCCAGGCGUCGCUGUCGCGGCGAACUCACGCGCUGGUCAAUGCUCCGCUGAAGACCCAGGCGGUACGAGAUGCCGAAGAGAAGACGAAACGUGCGAGAUGGCCUACUACCACUAUCCGAAUCAAGUUCAGUGACCGCAGUCAGCUCGAGAAAACGUUCCCAUCGACGGACAAGAUCAAGGCCGUGUAUGCCUUUGUCCGGAACUCAUUGCGCGAGGACGUGAAGCCGAUCAAGUUCGUGCUCUACCAAACACCACCAAAACGCGAGUUCAAAGUGUCCGAUCCAGCGGUGCGCGACCUCACCCUGGCCGGGCUGCAACUGGCGCCCUCCUCCGUCCUUCUCCUCAGCUUCUUUGACGAGAGUCUCAACCACACGGACGCGCCGGCGCCGCUCGAUCCGUCCAUCCUCGCGGCGGCCGAGGACCUCCCCAAGCCGCCCAACUUCGACGCCGACGAGAAGGCAAGCUCGGCGUCCACGGCGCCCGCAGGGCGGACGUUGUCCGGCCAGCCUGCGCCGGAAGCGCCGCCGGCGGAGAAGAAGAUGCCCAAGUGGUUCAAGAUGGGGACGAGUACGUGA